UAGGGCAGGACAGCUAGCAUUUGCAUUUAGACUAAAAGAGAGAGACGGCGAGAGGUAAGAGAGCCAGAGGGAGGCGGAGGGAGCUUAUGACACAAAGGAGAGAGAGAGAGAGAGAGAGAGAGAGAGAGAGAGAGAGAGAGAGAGAGAGAGAGAGAGAGAGGACCAGAUCAGAGCAUUAGAGAGAGGGGGAGGUAGUGGGAGGCUGCAGAUAUCGAUGGCAUUAACAAUGCGUUAGGAUCCAAUGAGGUGUUAUAGUCAGCCAUACAGCGGCUGGGGGUAAAGAUAUUUUGAGGAGGGGGGCUCCUCCUCGGUGAGCACAGGGGGAGGAGGAGGUGGGAGGAGGAUGGGCCUCGAACACAGACUUGCAGUGGCACUGCAAAAAUUGGAUUAAAGCAGUAUGGUAACGUUUCUAAUUUAAUUUAUUGCUGUGCUACUUGUGUCUCAUCCUCAUGUGUCCGCAUCCACGCUCGUUGACAUCCAUCAGCCGUGUCUCAUGUCACAGUGUGUCCUCCUGCCGAGUGAAGAAGGCAUGGGCAUGCCCCAUACUCUAGUUCUUUUUAUUGUGCCAUAGACAUCUGCCAGCUCCAUCCUCAUCGCAGCCUUCUCUUCCGACUCACCAGGAGCCUUUUUGACCCAUCACCGGAUUCAUCCCCGUUAGAUUUAGGCAUCUGCUCGGCUGGACAAGAGCGAAGUGACAACUCUAGGCCUACCCUCCACCACAAGCCAUGGAGGCUCUGACAGUAACAUCAGUGCGGACGGAGCAGCAGCAGCAGCAUCGGGGGUCAUGGCCUGCGGGGGUGCAGAAGGUUUUGGGGUCGUCGAGCCACAGCGGACACGUGCUGCCUUGGAGCAUCUGCAGCAGAAGAUCCUGAAGGUCACCGAGCAGAUUCGUGUGGAGCAGGAGGCCCGAGACGACAACGUUGCAGAGUACCUGAAGUUGGCCCACAACGCAGACAAACAGCAGGCAUCCAGGAUCAAGCAGGUGUUUGAGAAGAAGAACCAGAAGUCAGCACAGACCAUCGCACAUUUGCACAAGAAACUAGAGCACUAUCACAAGAAGCUUAAGGAGAUAGAACAGAAUGGACCGGCCCGGCAGCCCAAAGAUGUCCUGCGGGACAUGCAGCAGGGAUUAAAGGAUGUUGGAGCCAAUGUUCGUGCUGGGAUAAGUGGUUUUGGAGGUGGAGUAGUUGAAGGGGUCAAAGGUGGAGUAUCUGCCUUCACUCACACAGCCGUGGUCUCCAAGCCGAGAGAGUUUGCCAGUCUUAUCAGGAACAAGUUUGGCAGCGCCGAUAACAUUGCUCACCUGAAGGACUCACUCGAGGACGGAGUCGGGGACCACUCUGAGGACACCCCGACACCUCGUGCACUGAGUGGAAGUGCCACUCUGGUUUCCAGCCCAAAAUACGGCAGUGACGACGAGUGCUCCAGCGCCACGUCGGGCUCCGGAGUGGGCAGUAAUUCUGGUGGGGCAGGGGGAGGAGGAGGAGGACUGUUAGGACCAACCAUGGGGAGCCCCAGACUGGACGGGCACCACCACCACCACCAUCACAUGCACAGCUCUUGGGACUCUCUACUUGAGGGCCUGCAGGAGAUCAAAGCCAGCCAGGCGCACAUGGAGGAUGCUAUCGAGGACAUGAAGGGCCAGCUGCAGAGUGACUACUCCUACAUGACUCAGUGCCUGCAAGAAGAAAGAUAUAGGUAUGAGCGACUUGAAGAACAGCUGAAUGACUUAACAGAGCUGCAUCAGAAUGAGAUGACUAACCUUAAACAGGAGCUUGCCAGUAUGGAGGAAAAAGUCGCCUACCAGUCCUACGAGAGAGCACGAGACAUUCAGGAGGCGGUGGAGUCGUGCCUGACCCGCAUCACCAAGCUGGAGCUGCAGCAGCAACAGCAGCAGGUGGUCCAGUUGGAGGGAGUGGAGAACGCCAAUGCUCGAGCUCUGCUGGGCAAACUCAUCAACAUCAUCCUGGCGCUCAUGGCCGUGCUGCUGGUCUUUGUCUCCACCAUGGCCAACUUCAUCACCCCGCUGAUGAAGACCCGAGCCCGGGUGGCCGCCACCGUCCUGCUGACCUUGCUGCUGUUCGUCCUGUGGAAGCAGUGGGACUUUGUGGAGCCGUGGCUGCUUCCCAGCUGAGUUCCCUGAGAGAGAGACUCCAGUGGGGGCCAGAGCAGAGAGUCACAAACUCAGUCACCACCACUGAAGGGUUCAGAGGCUGAAAUAAAAUGAGGGCCACUUUGAGUGUGAAGGUGGAGCAUCUGAGGACAAAACAUGGCACUUUUAGACGAGGAGUGUGACCAGAUCUGGCCUGCAGAGAGUGUUGGUGGGUGUUUACAGUGAAAAAGAACAGAAAGUCUCUGCCUGCCAAGCGAGAAAAGACAUCAUCUCAUCAAAUCUGUUGGUGUUGAUGACCAAUCAUCGAUUGCAUUGCUGUCACCAAAAACUGAGUUUCUUCCAAGAAAUCUUUGGAUCGUCUUUUUCUAAUGAUUUAUGAUACAUGAAUUUCAAAGACUAGAGAAACUUAAUAAUGACUUUAAAAUGUUCGCCGUAACCUUCAUGUUGAAGCUAUAGUAAAUUUGAGAGGAAAAAGGUUUUUUUCAUGAAUGUUAUGUGCCCAUGCAUGUGUUUAUAUGUGCACUAGCUGGCAUGAGUUAACAUUUCAUUAAUGACCAAAUUAAUCUUCUAUAACUGCCGUUUUGUUGUCAGAAAUACAUUGUAGAUAUGUUGUAUCUCAACUCAGUGUCACUCCUGGUUUGUUUCACAUCCUGUUCUGGUGGGGCUUUUAGACGCAUUUCUCUCUUUUUGUCUUUUUCUUGAACUCGAAUGAACUGGGUUUUUUAACACUGGUAUCUGCAACAAAUUCACCUUAAUAUUUCAACUAUGUAAAAUCUGUUCUGUUCUUAAAUGCUAUUUCAUAACCACUAUUAUAGGACUGCUACUAAUCCACGGUGUCAAAUUAACUGGCAUGUCAACUUGUAUUAAAGUUUAUAUCCAGUUUGCAAAAAA